GGCAGCGCCGGAUCGCGUAUUUUCAUGACGCCUGCUACUCUGCAGGCUGCGCACGCUAUGCAUCACACCGCUGCGCUGGACGCCAUUCAAAACUGGCAGCACCGGACCACCUGCUGCUACUUAUUUACUAAGACACCCUUACGCUCUCUCCCCUCUACUCUUUCACCUGUUUUCUUAACUAGGGGCUGCGGAGUAAAAAAGAGAUAAAACAGAAGAGCUGUAAAAGAGAGAGAGACAAACCCAAGUGCGGAGGCGGUCGGUGGCCGUCGGUUAUAAGGAGGGGUCCUGAUGCGGCGGAGAAAUAUUUUCUUUGAACGGGUGCCGGUAGAGUGACAGACAGCCCGUGCGCCGUGAUGGCCCAACAAGCGGCGCUGGUCGCAUCGCUUUCCCAGUGGGUCACGUGUCAGACACUCGCGUGGACAGUGGCGGUGCUCUUUGCAGGGAUGGUUCCUGAAGAAGCACUACUUGCCCUGGCUCAAGAUGUGGCUGGCGUUGAAGCCCGUGCCCGGACCUUGGGAUUGGAUACCGUUCUGGUACAUUCUGUACGUGUACUGGAAGAGGAGAAAACAAAUCAGUGCGGAUAAUUUCACGGCAGCCGUGUUUGCUGCAGUACGCGAACUCUGCAAGCAAUACGAAGGAAAGACGCUGAAAGGAUAUGUGGUCUUCACGCCCGUCGCAGGAAUACACACGCCCGAAGCAGCACAGACGCUCCUCAUGGGUAAAGUAAAAUCGGACAAACCUGUCCUUUACAGGUUUCUCAAACCAUGGCUUGGACACAGAAGUCUUCUCAUGAUUGGCGGAGACGCCUGGAAGACUAAGCGGCGGAUCUUCAUGCAAGCCUUCCACACGAGCGCGAUGGACGGCUAUCUGAGCUCCAUGCGUGACAACGCCGAGUGCCUGGUGGCCAGAAUAGAUCAGCUGCUCAAGGAGUCACCCGGAGAGCCCAUCGUGUGUCUCGAGAACGUGCAGAAGUGCGCACUGGACAUUAUCGGACGCUUUGCCUUGGGUGAAGAGCUUGGUGUUCAAAGGGAGAAGCACGGAAAUUACGGCACCUACUUUCACAUGUUGACAGUGCUCAUAAGCUCACGGACAUUUCAACCCUGGAACUGGUUGGACACAAUCUACAGUCUAACCCCAAGUGGAAGACUCUUCGAGAAAACACUCCGAAAAAUAGAAGCCAUCGUCAAAACCGUGCUCAAAAACCGGAAAAACGUGCUCCAGAAGCUCCACAAUGACACGCAAGACCAUGAACAACAACCUUUGCCAAACGGCGACGUCGCAAGUGGUAGCGACUCCAGUUCGUGCGCAAUCAGCUGGAGUUUGUAUCUCCUCGGUCUGCACCCAGAGAAACAGCGCAAGGUCCAGCAGGAGCUGGAAAAUGUCCUGGGUCAUGACCCGGACAGGUUCUACACGUUGGAUGACCUGAAGCGCCUGGAAUACAUGGAGUGCUGCAUAAAGGAGACGCUGCGCUUGUGCCCGCCAUUCCCUUUCAUUGGAAAAGUCAUCGAUGAAGACUUAGUCAUUGAUGGCCACACUUUGCCCCAGGGUCUAUCGUGUUUCCUCAACAUCUUCAGCCUUCACAGAAAUCCCGACCAGUUUGACAAACCAGAGGAGUACAUACCCGAAAGGUUCAUGUCUGAAGAGAACAGUCGGCGGCAUCCAUACAGCUAUCUCCCGUUCUCUGCUGGUCCUAAGAACUGCAUAGGUCAGAAGUUUGUCAUGAUGGAGGUGAAAGUUGUGCUGGCCAAAAUCCUUACCAAGUUUACCGUCGAGUCUACACGUCCCCUCGAAGAGGUUGAGAUGACCUUCGAGAUUGUGCUGAAGGCCAAAGGUGGACUUCCUGUGUGGUUCCGAAGAAGAGAGCUGUCCUAGCUACACGUUUGUAAUAUUUGUACAUAAAUCAAAGCGUUUUUCAAUAACCAAA